ACUUUCCAUUCAGUAAGAGACGCAGCAGAAAGGAAGACAUAGCCACCGAAAGAAAAACAAAGCAGGAACCGCAGGAACCGUGUACAUGAUGGAUUUGCCUCGACCAAAACUCUUCGAUUUCCAUGGAGUGUCAAUGAUCACUUAUUUCACAGACAACUGGGAGGCCAUUCAAAACUUUCAAGCCAGACCAGACGAUAUCCUUAUUGCAACAUAUCCCAAAGCAGGAACGACAUGGGUCUCCUACAUUCUGGAGUUACUGUACUUUGGUCAGACGUCUCCAGAGCGUCAGACCACCAUGCCCAUCUAUGAGAGAGUACCUUUUUUGGAGCUUACGUUCCCAAAUAUGGAUUCAGGAACAGACCUGGCAGACCAGCUCCCCACCACCCCCCGUCUCAUCAAAACUCAUUACCCAGUCCAGUUUGUGCCAAAGUCCUUUUGGGAGCAAAACUGCAGGAUGAUCUAUGUUGGACGCAAUGCAAAAGACAACCUGGUGUCUUUUUUUCACUUUGACCGCAUGACUGUCGCUCAACCAGAGCCUGGAGAUUGGAACAGCUACCUUCAGAGGUUCUUGGAAGGAAAAAUGGUGUUUGGAUCCUGGUACGACCACGUGAAUGGCUGGUGGAAGAAGAAACAGACUUAUUCAAAACUCCACUACAUGUUCUAUGAAGACCUUGCUGAGGAUACUGGACGGGAAAUAGACAAACUCUGCUCCUUUCUCGGCUUAUCUCCUUCAGCCGAGGAGAAAACCAGAGUCAUGAGUGGUGUGACGUUUGACAACAUGAAAAACAAUGCGAUGACCAAUUACUCUACUGAUCCCAGUAUGGAUUUCAAAAUCUCUUCAUUCAUGAGAAAAGGAAAAGUCGGCGACUGGAAGAAUCACUUCACUGUGGCUCAGAAUGAAGAGUUUGAUGAAGACUACAAGUCAAAGAUGAAGGAUCAAACUCUUCAGUUCCGCACUGAAAUUUGAGAAGAACCAUAGGAAGUGUGUACAGACAUCAAAAUGCUUUGAGAUCAGCUGGAUGAGACUUUUUUUUUUCAAGAGAAUUGUCUUAUCGAACUAUAAAGUGAUUUACACAAGUUUGAUCAGAAUCUGAACAUUAUAUAAUGGAAUAAAAAGUAAAGUCUACAUAUCAAUUUACACACAUGUCCUUGAAUGAAAAUUCUUCAAUGGAAGAAUUAAAAAAAUAAAAAUAAAAGUGGAA